CGCAGAAACAGUUACGCUUUGAGAUACAUAUAAGACUUGUUUACUAUUCACUAAAUUCAGUUACACUGAAAUAUGCAAGGUUAUCCUUUGAAAAUGUUUCUGUGGUUUUUCUUCCUGGGUCAAAUACUUACUGUUCCCGUGCCAAGCAAGUCUUUGGAGUUGCCUGAUAUUUAUAAUGAAGGGGAGCUAUUACAAAGUAAUGAAAAGUUUAUUCAGCAUAUAAUACCAGGAUAUCUAGCACAGCAAAAUAAAAAACAAAUGCAAAUUAAUAAUAUAGCUGAUCAGUUUCAGAAUGAUGAAAACUUUAAAAUAUUCCAUGCACACUUUGAAGCAGGCCAUGCAUUGAAAGAUUUAACAUUUAAUAUUUACGACGACACUUUGAGGGAGGCAACAAUUGCAUUAUUUAGAGUCCUCCAAAUGGCAGAUGCAAAUCAAUUAUAUAUGAUCUAUGACUGGGCGAGUGAGAAUAUUAAUAGCCAAAUGCUGGACUAUGCUUGGCGUUUAGUCUCUCUAUUUAGAAAUGAUGCUAAUUUGAAAUACCAAGAUCCACCAUACGUAAUGAAACCAAAUUAUUUCAUUAACAGUGAAACAAUUAUCAAAGCCUUGCAAGUUAGUGUAAAUAAUUUGAUGGGAAAGAAAGUAUCAGAUAAAACUAAUCAAGUGUACAAAGAAAAUAAUCGUAUCAUCAUAAACACUAACUAUUCCGGUUGGAAUUAUGUUCCAAAAGGGUGCGAAAAUGGAAUUGAAUACUUUAGAGAAGACAUUGGCUUGAAUAGUUAUUAUUAUGGUCAGCAUCUACAGUAUCCAUUUUGGAUGAGCAAUGAAGAACUAACUGGCAUUGAUGAAAAAUAUGCAGAGCAAAGUUAUUUUAUACAUCAGCAACUAAUAGCGCGAUACAAUUUAGAGCGAGAGCAUUUUAGAAUGAAAAAUAUAACGAGCGAUUCUAAUUGUUAUCGCGAUUUUAAUCCUUACCUUCUGCAUGACAAUGGACUCUCUUUCCCUGUAAGAUCGACUGUUAUAGGAGAGCUAAGUGAAGAGCAAAUAAGAAUUAAAACCAUUGAUAUAGCCAUUAAAGAAUGUCUUUCUAGAGGAAUAAUUUACAUGGAAAAUGGUACGAGGAUUAGUCUUACGGAAGAUAACUAUAUCGGUUUACUGUCAAAAUUAAUAAGAGUUAACUUUGAUGGAGUUAAGGUAGCGAAGAUUUUUAAAUCCAUGUUUGGUUAUGGUGGAAAUGGUUACCCUUUCGAUAUAUACAACCCAGCACCAUCAGUACUGCAUUAUCCUCAGACAACAUUACGAGACCCGAUUUAUUGGGAACUGUUACAAUCAGUUCUCAAAUACUUUACAGAUUUUGCUGGUACUCUAAAGCCAUAUGAACUAUCAGAAUAUGAAACCAAUGAAUUUAACAUCGUUGAUGUGGCUAUCAGCAAAAUUACCACAUACUUUGAUUAUUUCCAAAUUGAUUUGAGCAGCCUUGUUCAAGGUGAUGAAUAUUAUGGAAAUAAGGGAGAAGUAUCUAUUGCUGCUCGACAGAAAAGAUUGAAGCACUUACCUUUUACUUUUAAUUUCACUAUAGAGUCACAGACACAAGCAAAUGGACUGGUUAAAAUAUUUUUGGGACCGGAGUGUGAUAGAAAUUCAUGUUGGUUACAGCAUUCAAAGUUUUUCGAAUUGGACUCAUUCAUUUUCAAAUUUGAAAAAGGAUUGAAUGCUCUAAGAUGGAGCCCUGAUACCUCAGAUAAAUUCUCAUUUGAUGACUAUUACAAUAUGGAAGUAUCAACGGGUAAAGAUAAUAAGUUCGAUAUUUUUAAGUUCCCGGAAAACUUAAUAAUUCCAAGAGGUUUGGAAGAGGGUUUAAAUUUGACGUUGUUUUCUAUUGUAAUCCCUAUACAAAAUAAUAAUGAACAAAACCUGGAUAUAAGCUUGAAUCUCCCACCUGGUUUUCCAUUCCACAGGGAAGCUCAUAUAAGUGAAAAUUCAAACGCAAGUAAUUACAUUUUCAAUAAUAUAAAAAUAUAUCAUAAGAAAAGUACACACGAUGUUAAAGGCACAUUUUCAGCCAAUUUAAAAUAAUAAUUAUGGAGUUAUCUCAAAAAUACUCUUUCAACAAUAUUAUUCAAAGUAAAACGAAUUGAAAUAAUAAUAAAUGAUUUUAUUUUAAAUAUUUUACGUAUUUUAAUGCUUUUAAAAUUCGUCGUCAUGGGCAAAGGAUCAAGGUAAAUUGGUCUCACAAUAAUCCUCGUACAGUACUUUACCGUCCAUGGAGAACAUUUUAUGGCUUUAUACUAAUUAGUUUUGAUGGAUGACACUUUGUAAUAUUAGUAAGUAUUGUAUUAGUACCUAUUGCUUUACUUGGCAGUAUUGGUUAGACAACAAAGCCCAGUUGGAAGGACUGGGAAAUACUCCUGGUUCAAUAGAUACUAUAAUAUUAUAUAUAUUAUAAUGGCAAAACAUCAUUAAGUACAGUUAAUAACUGCGCGAGCAACGUCUUGACGAGCCAUAUAAAAUGCAAAAACUCACGUAUUUCUAGCUGUACUAAUUUGAAAGUUAUUACGUAUGUAUAAAGGUGAUAAUUACAAUUUUGGGACUAUUGGUUCUAUUAAAAUCAUAUAAAUCACAAUGUUCUGAUAAUGUGCCUAACAUUGAGUGCUUGAAAUUUAAAAUCUAUAUUUUUUUUCUGUAUAUAUUUAAAUACUCUUCAGAACUCUGCAGUUUGGGCUAUUUGCAUCAACGCCUGAUUUCUGCAGUCAACUAUCCUUUUCUUGAUCUGCCAUCGAUUGUUACUACAUAUCUUGUUAUGUCAAUAUCUAUACGCUCAAAUGUUCCACUAACUGCUGCAGAAGAACAAGCAAUGAGAUUGGAAGGGAAACAACCUUGUACAUCAUAAUAAAGGAAUCCUAUCCCAAUUUACUGACUUAAAGUGCCAUGCAUGACAUGUUGCCAGUGUUCACUUGAGUGCUUAUUAACAGGGAAUGGUAGAAUGUUCGUCUUGGAGCGCCGGUGCAGAUAUCUUUUUUUCUUGUAUGAGUUAUUAGUAGGAGAUCCAGUACGGUGGGUAUAUACCCAUGUCUGGAAGAUGUGUGGGCACGUGUAAUAAAAAAUUAUGCACAAAACACCCUUCGUACUUUAUGGUGCAUGAUUCAAGGAGUGAUUGGAUCAAUGAAAGUAUGUGGACACCUGCUUCAUGAAUUUGCUCGAAGAGAUGAUCUAUUUCUACAUUACUACGAAAGCCACAGCAAAAAUGCUCCAUAAGAUAUCCUUGCAUGAGGCAUAGAAUUAUGCUCGUUCUAACUUGUAUCUAAGGUAUGUUAAGUGAGAUCAAAUAAAAUGUGUAAAUAAUUAACAA